AUGUCUGGCCGUAUAAAUGGUGUUCAGGCAAAGCUAAAAGCAGAGUGUCCAGUGUCCCUAUAUGUGCAUUGCAGUAACCAUGCUUUGGACCUCGUUCUGCAAGAGGAAGCAAGGGAAGUGAGACUCAUUGCAGACACGUUGAAUUUUGUUCAGGGAGUGUCUGUUGUCAUUUCAGAAUCAGCCAAACGUAAACAGUUGUUCAGGUCUCUGUUUGGCUCUGAAGAUGUGGUGUGCAAUCUUCUGGGGCUUUGCCCAACCCGAUGGUGCAUCCGCAGCACUGCGAUUUCAAGAUUCAUCUCUGCAUAUGCUACACUACUGGAGACCCUAAAGACUCUGGAGCGAGACAAGUCAGUUAGGGCUGAGAUUCGGUCUAAGAUAUCCAGAUUGUGCACACAAGCUAAACAAGCAAGGACAUAUUUUGGAUUAGUGUGCAGCCAGGCACUUUUUGAGCCUUCUGAGGCAGUGGCCCGAAGUCUGCAGAGUGAAACAUCAACUGCACGCGCAGCCCUUGAGUGUGUCACAGUCCUCCAGCAACAUAUGCAGAGACUUCGGGGGGAUGACUCUUUCAAAGAGCUGAUGGAUAAGGUUAACACCGCUGCAAGAUGCAACAAUUUGAAAAUGCCAAAUCCCCCCAGAUUGAGGAAAACCCCAGCUCGCAUCCGCAACACUUCAGAACCAGAGGCUCUGGUGUGCAAAUCUGGAGAAGCACAGUGGCGACCUGCUCCAUCAGAAAGAUCAUUCUCAGCUCUCAGACGCCUGAAAACCUGGACCCGAAGUACCACAAGCCAGAAGAGGUUGACACAUCUGGCGCUAAUGCACAUACAUAGUGACAUUCUGGAUAGGCUGGAUAUACCAUCUCUUGUUCGGAGCUUCAUCAGCAACACACCUGAACGCAAGGCCAUGUUUGUCACACCCAAAAACAUCACCGACUCCAACAGUGGAUAUAAGAAGCUGUGCUUCUACAAGAACAUUGCUGACUCUGACUCAUUCAGUGCUCAGGCAAAAGUGGUCGAAAGCUUUGAUGACUGUAAAGGAUUCUUCUACAAAGACACAGAACCAGAAGGAAUCGAUCAGAAUGCCAAGAAAAUUUGUCAGAAGCUUGAAUAUGAUCAAUACUAUUACGCUACUCUGUACUCAGUUCAUCACAGGAUCCCUCUCUACAGCGCCUACACAUUUGACCCUGAAUGCUCAAGUACUGCUGGAAGGACAGAAAACUGGCACAUCGAGCCACAGAUUUGCCAAAAUGAAUCCAGAACUGAACAUAUGGUCCGUGAGAGGGACUCUGAUGAAAACAUUAUUAAAAAAUAUCAAGCCAUCAGCAGUGACUACAGAGACUCUGGAUAUGAUCAUGGACUCCUGAACCCCAACAGCUUCCAAUGCAACGAAGGUCGUAUCGCAACGUUCACACUGACCAACACUGCACCUAUAGACGAGUCUUUCAACCGUAUCCACUGGAAGAACUGGGAGAGUGCACUGAGGAGUUUCUUAAGAAGCAAGCUUGACAGUCAUGGUGGUUCUGCAACAGUCUACAUUGUCACAGGUACAGUACCUGAUGACGAUGUACAAAUACCACACAAGAGAACCUCUGAAGACCCAGAAAGAGUGACUGUGCCCUCUCACAUCUGGACAGCCAUCUGUUAUAAACACCACCACAAUGACACAAAGUCUUUUUCCUUCAGCUACAUUGGGAAAAACCAACCAGAAGGUGGCAUACGCCUGAUGAGAGUCUCAGACCUGAAUGAUAAGCUCAGCAGUCUCUAUAGUAAACUGUUAAAAACUCAUCACUCAAUUAAGAUUUUUGUUGGUAAUUGUUUUGAUGACAGUAAAAAAUUUAAUGAGGUCCAGGUUGUGUUUGACAAAUUAAUAAAUCUGAACCAAGUAGACCAGAUGGCCACAGAUGUGCAGAACAUGUCUCACACGCAGAAAAGGGUUGUCAGAAGUUCCCAGCACUCACACCUCACAGUUGGAGGGUCCUGGUGCAGGUAUGAUCACCCCUGUAACACAUACGAUAACAACUACUACUGGUGCUGGAUCGGUUAUGGUUUCUUUUUCGACAGCUGGGACUACUGCAGCCCUCCACUGGUGGGAAGUAGAGCUAAAAAUGGGGAGUACUGCCGUAGCAACUAUGCCUGUUCCACAUAUGGUUCAGAUUAUAAGUGGUGCUACACACAAAGCAACAAUAAUGAUAUGUGCUGUACUUCUGAUGACUGCUUCUCAGCUGUAAAGGACAAGACCUGCUGGUCUAAUCACCUAUGUGGAUACCAUGGCUAUGAUUACCUGUGGUGCUAUACUGAUGAUGAAGCCAACUGGGAAUACUGUUGCAAAGAUUGUGGUCAGUAG